GUAACAACGACCUUGACGAAACCCAGGACGAAACCUGCGAUUUCGGCGGUCCGACCAUGCUUGUAAUCGCAGUCAAAGCUCUAGCUUUGAUUAGAAACAUUCAAACGCAUCGGUCCGUUUCGAGACAUAAAAGGAUUGGCAAGGUGCGCGAAAUCCUUGCUUUUCACACAAAACCUCAAAGCUUUUGAAGGGAAAUAAAUGCUCUCAUUUCCCCGGGACGAGGUACACGGUACAGUAAACUCGAAGUUCCUAUAGUGAAGUCGAAAUCUGAACAAAACGCAUUGAAACGCAACAAGAUUGUGCUUGUAUAAUCGAAGUGUCAUUUAUGGAACUUUGUAUUUCUGGUGAAAAGCGAUCAACUACAAGCAAGCAAGACUGGCACUCCCUUUAUUUGAAUAGCUAUUUAGCUAUUUAGAAGUGUAUUAUUAUUACCCUGCUUCAGUUCAAUUGAAUAAAAGUGAAGUGCUUUCCGUUUUAUUGCUGGUUCACCAUUAUACGCUGUGUCAUACGAAAUCUCGAGAAACUGAAGUCGUCUGCGAAAGUUAUUUUGGCGCGUUCAUUAUGAACGGGACAACUUACGGGACAGAUAUCUCGGCGACUAUGGAUGAUGCUGAUGUCGAUCGUUACGUAACGGUGUCUUACCUGAAGAUGAAGAGGCCUACUUACAUUGAGGUGGUGACGGGUAAUGAAGAAGUAGAUGGAACCGACUCGCCCGUCAAGACCCGAUCCCGGAGUUUCAUCUUCGGUCGAUCUUUCACUGGCGACGAAAACGAUAACAAUAGCAAACUUGACCCCAUGUCGCCCAAAAUCUCGUCAUCGCUUCCAGAGCUCGUUUCGAACCGUUUCCCCGAACCCGAGCCCGCUGUCGACGUCGCUAUCGUCGGUGCAGGGUUGUCUGGUCUGAUGGCCGCCUAUACCAUCAAACAGGCGCAACCGGAACUCAGUGUCGUCGUUCUCGAAGCAAAAGAUAAUGUGGGUGGCAGAAUAUAUUCACCCAUGCUAAACACGGCCACAGGGACGAGGCGAUUCGACCUCGGUGACCAGUGGGUCAAUACAGAACAAAGGACAAUCCUUGAACUUUUGGACAAACUGAACAUAGAGACACACCCUGAAUACACGGAAGGCAAGAACAUCUUAGUUCAUGCGGACGGAGAAAAAGAAGAAUUUGAGAGAAAUGUUUACCCUAUCAAUGUUUUCAGACGUUUGGACAUCAGUUCCUUCGUUUCAAGAAUAGAGAGUAUGAGGGAGGAUCUAUCGAAGCGGGACCCAACAGAUCUUAGCGAGUCAUUGGAAUGGGACUCUAUUACACUGGAGCAGUUCAAGAAAGAACACAUUUGGACGGAUGUUGCCCGCCAGGUGUUCGACGCCCUUGUGGUGUUCCAUUUUGGAGUCACGCCGAGAGAGAUGUCUCUUCUCUUCUUCUGCCAUGUUCUUAACAGUGUUGGAGGUUGGAAGGUGCUCUUUGGUGAGGGUGACGAGUUUCCCGCGGCGAGACAACUCAAAAUCAAGGGAGGAGCCCAGCAGAUCUGUGAAAACCUGGCCACCGAGAUCGACCGGGCGAACAUCCGACUAAACGACCCGGUCACACUCAUCGAUCAGUCGGAUAAAGAACUCGUCUCUAUCACGACCGACAGUGGUUGUCAUUACCGGGCCAAGAGGGUCAUCAUAGCCACAUCGAUUGACAACUCAGUUCGUAUCCAGCAUAAGCCUAGUCAUCCAGUGAAGAGAUCGCGUAUGACGAGAUUGAUGCCUGCUGGCCACUGCAUCAAAUACGUCGUCACAUAUGAAAGUGCAUUCUGGAGAAAAAGUGGGAAGAGCGGGCACGUGAUCAAGUUGACGGACGAGGAGAAGGCUUUCGACGUCGAUGAAGACCUGAUGACGUAUGAGUACGUGUUCGAUGCUUGCUCUUGCAACAGGAACCCAGAAAGUAUUGAGCCAGAAAACCCCGCGCUGAUGGGAAUGAUCUUCUCAGAGUCACUCAGGCAACUUGAGAAAGAUGAAAGAAAGAAGAUUCUGCUGAACAAACUAGCUGAUGAUUUUGGUGAAGAAGCUCUUAAGCCUAUCGACUAUGCAGAAAUGGACUGGGGCGUUGAUCGAUAUACGUCUGGUUUUCCGUUCAGUGCUAUGAUGCCUGGUGCAAUGGUCCACCAUUCAAAAGGAAUCAAGCAGCCGCAUGGCAGGAUCCAUUUUUGCGGGGCAGAGAUGUCGUCCUCAUGGUACGGCUGCAUGGAAGGCUCCGUCAAGUCUGGAAAGCGCGUAGCUAGUGAGGUUCGCAAAGCCCUCAACGGGUCCACGUCAACGACCACCGCAACGACCGGAGACCAAGAGACCAUAGAAGACCAGAAGACAGAACCACAGACUGAUGAAACUACCACCAUUGCUGUCGAGCAAAUGAAUGGCACAGCCUGAAGUUCUCUUCCCACUUUGAAGAGUAACAUUUGACUCGCGGCAUGAAGAACGUCGAAUCAUUAAUUGUGAACCUCCACCUCAACGGUAGCCUAAUCUGGAUGCGACUGAAUCUGAACUUGGAUACAAGCACCCGGGCAAGCAUCUAACUUUCGAUAGGACUGUUCAAAUUGUAUACUCGUGAUGAAUUGAGAUAUAAAGUUAAAGGAAGGAGAAUUUGAAAUCUAUAGGAGACUCUGUGAUUAAAGGAGAAUGAGAUGUAUAUCUUCAACUUGUAAUAAUAACAAUCAUGGUUUCAAAACCGGUCCUAAGACGACAAAAAAAUGCUACCGGCAAUUUUAAUAAUGUUUUAUCUUCAAUAGCGAUUGACGACAAGGACACAGCACUGCGGAGCGUAUUGAUUACUUAGAAGAGCAUUUCUAUAGUUGAAUUUAAGAUACAGUGAUUAGUUCCAUUCCUUAUGAGACGCGUCGUCACUUUUUGUUGGCACUGAUGAAGACUCUGGUAAAGCCUCUAUAGAGUUAUAUGUGUGAACAAGCGCAUUUUUUUUUCAGUGUGAAAAACCCUGGAAAUUGUUUUCAAUAUGAACGUGAGGAUUAGGGAAUGCUUCAUCAAUUGGUAAAUUACAUAUAUCCCAAGUCACACAAGAUAUACAUUUGAAAAUUAUUGUGGGCCUUCGUCUUGCUAUUGUAAUAUAUUUCUGUUUUUAAAUUUGGUUAGGUAUAAGUAUACAUUUUCAUGAAAAAUAUUUUAUUCAAUUUGCAUACGGAUUCACGGGAAGACUGAGGAAAAUUCAUUUAUCCACGUAUGUCACAUUUUUAAUGCAAUGAAUAUUAUGCUGUUUGAUAUAAAAAUGAGGCUGAGGUAUUUAUUCGAUAUUUAUGUUUAACCUAAAUCGUUUGUAUUAUGUAAAAAUGCGAUUGAUUUUAACCAAGUAUUGAAAGUACAUAAUAAAUCGGCUUUAGUUUUAUAAUAUUGAUAUAUUUCUUCUUGUUAAAACUUGAUUACAAUGCAUAAAUAUUCUUAUAUAAGGGGAACAGUAAUUUGAAAUUCAUCUUAUAUCCUUUUUUCUAUAGGGACUUUAUCACAUUUUCAUUUGUUUUGAAAAUGUUAUUAAGACUGUAAAGACAGUAAAUAUAUAUAUAUGUAUUAGAAACGUAAUGUCAAAUAUUUAUUUAAAAAACAAACAUUGUUCCUCAUAUAUGUGGCUAUUUCUAAAUAUACUUCGGCCUGUAAUAAUGCUAGGUAUUCAUUUUAAUACAAUAUUAACGAUGCGUUGCUCUUACGAUUGAUCUGAUCAACCUCAACUGUAUGGAAAUCCAUUGAUAUCAUAAUUUUGUCUACAAACAAUUUGAACAACAUCCUUAUUAAACAAAGAGAAGCACACUGGAUUUUCAAGAAAUUAAUGAUUGUAUGAAUGCACAGCAUAUCUAGAAAAUAUUUUAUAGUAAUCGUGCAUUCUUUGGUGUUGAUGUUCUCAGCUUUCCAUUGUCAAGGUUGUUCGUAUCAAUCUUACGUCUUUGAAAAAUGGUGCCCUGUUCAAUAAAUAUAACUAUAUGUUCUUACUGUGGAAAUAGUGAUGCCUCUCCUCACUAAUCUGUAUGACAUCUCCCAUCGCCCUAUCCGAGGGGCGAAGUGUUGUCUGUGUUGCACAUACAUGUAUAAGCUUGUAUCUAUGGAACAGUGGUCUGUUAACGUUAACCCACAAGGCAUGGCUCAGUCAUGGGACUCGAACCCGCAUACCACAGCUUGGAUGGGCAAGGGCUUCACACACCAUCAGACCAUUUUGCCAACUCUAAUCCAAUAACAAUAAAUCCGAUUGGGGUAAUUUUUAAAAUAGUUUAUGCGUAUUAAACUUGCCAUAAUUGCUUCGAAGAAAUGAUUGCAUGAGAUAAAGAAACCAGUCAAUCCAGUGUUUCGUGUGUCGCCAGGUAUAUGCGAAGAUCAAUGACAAAUCACUCAAAUCAACUUAUGUCUAACAUGUUGUUUGCAAGAAAUAAAUAUUAUAUUGAAAGUAUAUAACAAAAUUAUUGAUUUUACAGGAAAAAAGCUGGCUUAUUUUCUUCCUAUAUCAAUUGACAUGUUUUUUUUUCUGUAUUCGGCGUUUGUAUUGUACAACUGUAUCAGGUGUGUAUUUUUUUUGUAACUGAUGUCUAUAACCAACUGUACUUUUUAUCGACAAAAUGUCAAAUGUAUUCUGUAAUAUCAUUUCAUUCCUUUCCCGGGUACUUGUGCAUUUACAUGUUGAACUUGGUCAGGAUAAUUUCCGGGUUAUAUGUAUAAAGAUUUUAAUACAGUCUCACUCUUUUGCCUUUGAAUAUCGGUAAAUGUUUUUUUUUAAUGAAUAGAGAUUUAUUGCAUGAGAUACAAACUAGAAUGUAGAGUAGACUCGUAGAAUUAUAUAUUUUCGACGAUAUAUUCUAGAUGCCUUUUUUUGUAGCUUUAGCGUGUCUUGUAAAAUAUAUCGUAUAAACGUUUACAUGUUCAAUAUCGAUGUUGCCAUAUUUAUAUCCAUGUUGCAUGGUAGGGUGUCUCUCUUGUAUGUUUUAAACGGUGAUACUUUGGACAUUUUUUUAAAGAUAAUGACUUGUAAUAAAUUUCAUACUUUCUAUCUA